UUCCCAAACCAAUAUAUCCCCAACCACCUUACUCCAUUCAUUACAAUUACAACAACUCCCAACUAACUACAUACAAUCUCCAUAUAUUCUCUCAUCAAGGAAACGAAUAAUUGAAUUGAAGAAAAUGACGAUGAGGCUACAAACAAUCUUCUACUACUGUUUAUUAGUAAUGUUGAUUGUGAGCGGCGGUUUGGUAAAGGGAGCCGAGGACUUGCAGGACAGGUGCGGGAAAGACAUCCAGAAGGUGGUGGCGUGCCUGAGCUUCGCUACUGGGAAGGCGGCGACGCCAGGGAAGGAGUGCUGCGAGUCGGCGUCGAGCAUCGAGGCGAGUGAACGCCCGCUUUGCUUUUGCUAUAUGAUAGAGCAGGUGCACAAUGGAUCUAACACUCAGAUACAGAGCUCCGGUAUUCAGGAAGCUCGAUUGCUUCAGCUCCCUUCUGCUUGCAAGAUCAACGACGUCAACGUCACUACCUGUCCGAAGCUGUUGAAACUUCCGGCAAACUCUCCCGACAUCGCUUUCUUCACCAACACUUCUGCUAAUUCUGCUUCCACUACUCCCGGCGUCGGAGCAGGCCCUGCUCCCUCCAAUGCCUUCAAGCAUAAUCCCCUGCAGCUUGCUGGACACUUACCGGUUGCGGUAGCCAUCUUCUAUUUCACAUUUUGGAAAUUGUUUUAAAUGUAUGUAGUUACGAUAAAUAUAAUUUCUAUGCUGGCUUAGAACACCAUACUUAUAUUUUUAAAAUAUUUACCUCUGGAAUGUAAUCUUUAUGUAAUUUUCAAGUUGAUUGACUUUGGUUUUC